AUGGAAGACUUCGUAGGCAUCUCUCCAGGGCUGGAGGCCUUCAAGAGCGCGGCGUGUUCCGGGAGAGUGGCUGCGGGCAGCGUCUUUGGCUCAGGAGACUCCAAGAUCACACCCUUGGAGCUGGAUGCGCAGCUCCAGGUCUCUGAGCUGAUCUACCGCAACCUCCUGCUGGGCAAGCGGCUGCAGAUGGAUCCGCAGUGUGGCUCGGACAGCUGGUACAAGGAGCACCUCGGCGAGGAGUGGCUCAAAAAGAACUUGAGCCAAAGGAAAGAGUUGAAUAAGCAAGCGAAAGAGCGGGGGGAGAACAGUCCGAUGUGGGUGGAAGCGGUGUCCGUCAGCAGCGAUCUUGGAUCCGAGGUGCUGCAGGUGGGCAAGACCGGGGGGGAUCGCAUGCGUGACGCAGAGGCAGUCGAUCGACAGGCUGUCUUGGACCUCUUGCACUCCAUUGCAGUGAAGGUGCGAGUCUCGCACUAUGCGCGAUGUGGUGUGGGAGAGCAACAGGGUGGCCUGCGGGCCAUGGUCGCUGUGAUGUGGCACUUUGCCACAGACGCAGAGGUUGUGGGACUUGCUGCCGACUGCCUGCGCAUGGCAAUCACCGGAAAUGGCUUCAAUUGCGAUCGGCUGCUGGCCCUCUGGGCCCCGAUGCCGCCGCACGAGCGGCACAGCGGGGGGCAGAUGGAGAGGGGCUGGUCCUUCCUGCGCUUCGCCCUGGACGCCUUUGCCUUCCAAGCGGGUGAGCAGGAUGGCGCCAAGGCGAAGGACCCCGAGGCAGCCCUGAAGAUCGCGCAGUGCGUGCUCGCAGCCAAGGCCUCGCCUGUCAUGGAGGCGCAGCUAAGACUUCUGAAGGCGAUGCCGGCAGACCCAUGCCAGGAGCAUCGCGAACUCAAGGAGAUGAUGCCGAAGCUUGUCCAGCUGGCAAAGGAGCUGGCUGGCAAGCUGAAAGGCAACGAGGUGCUCUCUGACUUCGUGCAGCUUCUUGCGUAA